ACGCCCUUGAACUCCAUCGUAAGUCAAAGCUUCAUACAUAUCACUGAUCUCAUACUCCCUAGAAUCAACAUGGUUUACGAGCUCAAAGGAAGGAAUGUAUUGGUGACCGGUGGUUCCCGGUUAGUUCUCUCAUCUCGUAUCACGCAACCAUUCAGCUCUCGUCAUCGUGCGGGGAUUAGAAUUUGCUCGUACUGAGUACCGUAUCGGGCUUCACUCACCACUAUUUUUUGAUAAACCAUCUUUCUCAUCGUCGUGAUUAUGCUAUCUUCAGUUGUUAACAGCCGGUAUGGAUGAUUGUAAAUCACAGACGAACGUGAUCAACACGUGUUGGAGUCAUUCUCAGGGCGUCGUUCUGUCGUCCCUACGAGCCCCGGGAAUGAAAUACAUGAGCAGAAAUCUUACUGAUCUUCGUAAACAGAGGUCUUGGGGAAGUCAUCUGUAUCAAGUUCGCCCAAGAAGGUUGCAAUGUUGCCAUCAACUACCUCGCUAGCGCGGAGAAAUCCAAGACUCUUGCGGAGAAGCUGGAGAAGGAUUGUGGGGUGAAAGCAAUUAUCAUUCAAGCUGUGAGUAGAAUCUAUGGUGCUUUCAUCGAAUUUACCGUUGUGUAUUGUAACUCGGUUGCUCAAACGAGAUCCCCAUUUCUACCAACGUAAAGAGACAUACUAAUACUCAACAGGACAUGGGCAAAGAAGAAGACUGUAUCCGCACAGUCCAAGAAACAAUCUCCAACCUCGGAGGCAUCGACAGUAUGUCCCCUUCUAGCAUCACUCCUCCUCUCAUACUCUUCCAACCAUCUCAACAACCCCCUCCCUCCCUAACGACACACUCCUUCUGCACCAUCUUCCCUUCACAAAACAACCAACCUAACACCCCCAAAGUAAUAGUCUCCAACGCAGGCUACACCCGCUUCUCCAACUUCCCCGAUCUCACCGCAACCACCGCCCACGAUUGGGACUACUGCUACGCCGUCAACGUAAAAGCCCAGCACAUCCUCUUACGCGAGGCAUCUCCGACUUUCAAAAGUAACCCUGAAGGCGGGUGUCUAAUCAUGAGUUCCAGUAUUGCAGCGACUCAUCCUAGUGCGUAACAAAUCCCCCCUUUCUUCCCGAAACACCAUUCUUUGUCAAGAAAACCUCGAAUUUCCCACAUUCCCGCCGAAGCACUGAGAACUACACUCCUAUCUCUAUCUAGCACUUAAUCGCGGACAGAAUUAUACUAACUCAACCACAUAGGUGGUUCAUCAAUGCCCUACAGCGUAACAAAAGCCGCUCAAAUCCACCUAAUGAAAUGCCUAGCCUUCACCCAAGGUCCGAAGAUAAGAGUCAACGCCGUACUACCAGGAUUGCUACUCACAGAAUGGGUAUUUACUCUCUCCUUCCUUACUCCCUUAUCCAUAAAACAUGAAAAAUGGUCCAAACUUAUAGGUUAUAGGGCCUCCGCUACUCCCCCCAAAUGAUAGAAUCAGCCAAGAAUACCGCGAAGCUUAAGAAAGAGGUUUGUUAUUUCCUACCACAUUUCCUUUUUUCCCCCUCACCCCUUCAUGAUUGACCCAUCUACGACACAAAUUCUCGCUUCAGAAGACACCACCUUUAUGUAUAUAAAUGCAGAACCAAAAAGACUCAAAGAGUAGAAAACUAUCAGACCGCUAACUGGUUUCCUCAUGACACAGACCGAUCUAGAAGAUUGCGCACAAGCAUUCGUGGAUAUAGCCAGGAACUCAUCGAUGACUGGUCAGGCUAUUACUGUUGGUAUGAUGACCUCUCUCUUUUCCUUCCUUAUCUAGCUUUCACACUUUCUCAUUUAUACUCAUAUACACCCUCUCUCUCUCUCUCUCUCUCUCUCUCUCUCCCUCUUUUAGGGCUAUCACUAACUCAUCCCCCUUCAGACUCAGGAUUAGGCAUCGCACUCCCGUAACCAUAGCCGUCCGACGAUCAUACUUGAGAUCGCGCUACUUGGAUACUUGGAUAUCCUUGAGUUGAUCUUUUUGAAAAUGACUUAAUGGUGCCUUGGAUAUCUUUAAGUUGAUAUUUCGAAAGUUACUCAAUAUUACC